AUGACGCCCGCGACGCGCGAGGUCGCGCGCGUCCCAGCGCCCACGCGCGCGGCGCUCGACGCGUGUCGAGACGCGCGCUGGCGCGCGACGUUCGCCGCGCACGGCUUCCGCGCCGUCGCGCUCGAGGUGCCGGAAGAUUUCAUUCGUUACGUCCUCGCCGACGGCGUCGUCGCGCGCGAGACGGACGCCGCGAUGCCGCGAAGGGUGGCGCAGGACGCGUUCGACGCGGCGGAGAGCGCGGCGCGGUUCGCGCGCGCGCGGGCGACGACGACGACGAUGGAAGAGGAGGAGGCGGAGGACGCGAGCGCGCGGGACGGCGCGAGGCGAGCGACGUUCGCGGCGUUUGAACGCGCGAUCGAGGACGCGAUCGAAGCGCUGGGGGGAGAGGUGGCGCCGAAAUUCGCGUGGAGCGCGCCGAAAGACGCGGCGUGGGUCGCGGCUGGGAACACGAUGAAGUGCCGGAACGCGGACGAGGUGGUGCUGUUGCUCAAGGCGAGCGACGCGGUGGCGCACGAUUUGACCGAGGCGUACGGGGCGUGUGAGGAUUACGCGCGCGGUGAUGGGAGCGAGGAGAGCGAGGAAGAUCGCGCGGUGCGCGAGCACGCGGCGUCGGUGCUGACGCUUCGGGAGUGGUACGAUUUGAACCCGAGCAUGGAGUUUCGAUGCUUCGUGAAGAAUAGAAAUUUAGUCGCCGCGUCGCAGCGACACGUGAACGACUUCUACGAGUUUUUGGUGCGAGACAAGGAUGCGAUCGAAGACGCGAUCGCUCUGUUCUGGGAGUCGAACGUCUCGUGCACGUCGUGGCACGACGAUCAGGUCGAUUACGUGUUCGACGUGUACGUGACGCCGAAGACGAAGAAGGUGAAAAUAAUUGAUUUCAACGUCUGGGGCGGGACGACGCUUCCUUUGCUCUUCGAAUGGCACGAACUAGAGGCCAUGAAUCGCGACCGCGCGGAGGGCGACGACGCGCGCGGGUACGCGGACGAAAUAGAGUUUCGCAUCAUCGAAUCGCAGGGACACAUUCGCCCCGGGCUGCAGCUCGGCGUCCCGUUUGACUUAUACGACACCUCCGAGGGCGGGGCGAUCUCAGAGUUCUUGGAAGAACAGCGCCGUCGACAGGAACAAGAAAGUUGCGCGAGUCUGUGA